UACUGAAACAAGCGUCUGAAUUAUUGAGAAGACAUUUUUGGUCUUUGUUUUUCAUUAAUUUUCUUGAUUUUUAAGAAAAAAUAAAAUGAGACGAAAUUCAACAAAAAGUGAACGAUCCCGCUCAGAUUUCAAAGUGGUAAAGAAAUGCACAGAGUGUGGCAAGGAGAUUCCUGUUGCAUGCAAGCUGUGCCCACUGUGCAAGUGUUACGUUACUCCUGCAAAAUCAAUCAAAGCUGCUAAAGAAGAGGAUAAAGAUGCUGAUGCGAAAAUACGGAGAACAGAAAGGAUACGGAGAGAAAGACCCGACUUCUUCAAUGCCAUGGAAGUCAACAAUCAAUUCAAGAAGAAAAGAAAAAGGAAAGAGAGUACCCCAAGUAUAACAAGUACUAGUAUCACUAGCACAGCUCCGAAACCAGUCACAGCUCCCGUGAAGGCACCAAGUGAAGAUGCCGAUGCACCAAAGAGAAAAAGGGGAAGACCAAAGAGUGUGACUAGUACAAUGUCAUGUACAAGUAUAGACCCAUCAGACAAAGGUUCGGAAACAAAGUCGCCGCCUCCUGAAGAAGACUGGUAUGCUCAUCUUCCUGCAGAGAAAUUCAUGCAGUACAAGAUAAUACUGGCAGAAAUCAACAGAAAGUUCUCCACACAAAACUUUAAUCCAGUCUGAUAGGAAAUAGACUGUGUUCAUUUUCAGAAAAAAACCAGUCUGAUGGGAAAUUGAAUGUGUUCAUUUUCACAGAGAACUUUAAACCAGUCUGAAGGGAAAUGAACUGUGUUCAUAUAUUGUGCAAUAUUAGGAGAGGAAAGUGUAUAUAUCAAACAUAUUUUAACACAGAUGUUUGAGCAGCGAAAACAUGGGAGAACACAUUCUGGACAUAAAACAAAAAAAAUGAGAUAUUUGCAUUUGUACUUUCAAAGUGUUCAUGAAAACUUACCCAUUUUGGAAGCAAUGUUUACAGCACUAUUUUAUUGAUUAGCAAUUAACAAGUGCAUAUUCAUGGAUAAAACAUCUUGAUGGCAGUUUGUAAAGAUAUUCUUAAUAACUUUCCCAACAUGUAAAACUUUACAACACCUGAAAUCCAGGACAAUAAUGGAUACAGUGAGGCUGUAUACCUGCCUGUUACAAAUGAUGAUAAUAUAAAAAGGGAGAAGAUGCUAUACGAGCAGUUUGCUCACAAUGUUUCGACAUGUCCUUACACAUCUCAUUCUACAGAAUUUUAAUACAAGCUCACAAGUGUUUUGAGUAUACCCUUGUUGAGUUGGUUACUUACAUAAGUCUUCAAAAACACAACAUGUUGACUAGGCAUGAUGGGGACUUUGAAAUGUUUUUGUGAGAAAAUGUUCACAUGGUAUCUGCCAUGAUAUUAAGAAUUAUUGUUGAUGCUUUCGUAGGUCUGGGCUUAUCAACCCGAGUUUGGAAGCAACCAUGCCAUUGGUCAAUUUCAAAAUCUCUCUCCAAUAUAGUCAAUCCUAGGAACCAGAAUAUCAGUCUAUAAACACAAAAACUGACAUAGUUUCCAUGUGUUGCUUUUGUUUACCAUGAAGGGACUAGCAUAAUUACACACAUAUCUUUAUUCAUUCAUUGUGUUUAUGUUAUGACCUGCAGUACAUGGGCACUAUAAAUCUGUUCUGCUGUUUUAGAAAGUUAUGGCCCCGUUUCUGUUUUGCGCUAUUGUUUGUGUGAUCUUUUAUCUCGUUGUGCAUCAUUAUAGGUAAAAAGUUUGACUGAUUCAAAUUUGUUGCCCCUUUUGUACUUGUUUGUCAUUGUUUUAAUUAUUUUAACUUUUUAAGCAGUAAGGCUUUUGAGCAUUGCUGCCCAGCAGCUCUUGUUGUACACUGUCAUGUGAAAAAAGAUUGCUAAAAAAUGAUGGCAAUUUUAAUCCUUUCCAGUUCAGUGGUCAAUAUUAGGCCCUUUGCUGUAAAACUCCUUGUGUUUGCCAGCUCAUUUUUAGGAAGAGUGCAGUUCUACAGACUGUUGGGUUCUGGUUUGAUCCCCAGUAAAAUAUCUUCAUUACAUAAGAUAUUCAGUUGAAACUUGCUGUACUUACUUAUAGUAACAGUUUACAUUAGUGUGACAUUCACAAUAUGUGUAACUCUACCUGCAAUAUUUCCAGAAUUAUGCCCCUUUUAAUCCAAGUUUUGUAAAGUCUGAUGUCUUCUUCAUUACUUUAGAUGUUCAAUUGAAACUUGCUUUACUUUCUAAGAGUGACAGUGUACAUUAGCUUGAAAAGAUGCAUAACUCUACCUGCAGUAUUUCCAGAGUUAUUGCCCUUUUUACUUGAAAAUUUUCAAAGAGUACAAUACCAUAUUUUUAACCAUAAUGGUUGUAGAUACUUCAUUAAAAUUGCACAUUCAUCUUUCAGGUAAUAACAGAAGGUUAUGCCAUAACUCUAAAAUGAAAUCAUUGAAUUUUAACACAAUUAUUCCCUUUCUUGGAAUGAAAAUUUGCAUACAAGUUGUUCUCGCCAAAGUCAAUACAAAUAUGGAUAACAUGUCCUUUACUCAGAAUUGUAAUUUGGCAAAAGUUAUACCCCUUGUUUUACCUGGAAAAUGCAGGUUUAAGUUUUGCAUACUAUCUCCAAAUCUAAUGUGGAUACUUUGUAGAAACUUCUCACAGAUGGUGGGUGCAAUUGAGCAAAAUUGCAGCAUCAAGUCAAUUUUCAUAUAUUGUCAACUGAAGAAGCUUAUUAAAGUGAAACAUUUUUUGACAAGACUGUAUUGGUUUAUGAAUUUACAAUGCAAUAGCAUCAAGUCCUGUAACUCUUACCUGAAUUGGGCCAAUGUACCUAUAUUCUUAGAAAGAAAAUCAAUUUUACUGACAAAUAUUCAAAUAGUUGAGUGUGCUGUAAUGAAAAAGCUCUAGUUGGUGAUUCUGUUUAGUUGUGGUUUGUAUUUUUGUUUUGUUUUCAGUAUUCAAUUUUGUUUAUGUGAAGGUGAUGCAUGAUUUAAUAUUAAAUAAAUUUGACAUCUUUGGUGUGGUAAAAUGCAUAGUACUGUAAAUUGUUAUACAUGUAAUUUUGAAAAUGCAAAUUUGUAUGAUAAGAUUGUUCUUUGGUAAUUUUAUUGUAUGAAAUUCAUUUAUGUUCUUAAAAAAAUUAAAAAAGAAAUGAUAUAAA